AUGGCCAGUCAGGCAUCGCAGGGAGCAGAUCCCACCGCUGCUGCGGCUAAUUUUGCCGCGAAUGCUGCGUCACAGCAGCAUCCGGGAGGAGCAGACGCGCAGCAGGUCGCUGGUUACCAGCAGGCAAUGCACAUGAUGCACGUGCAGGGAGGACACGUGGCGAACGCUGGUGCGAUGCCGCAGGGUUACCCUCAACAGAUGCCUGGAUCUUAUCCGAUGUACGCCAUGGGUCCCAUGGGGCCGGUCAUGGUCAACCCUCAGAUGUACGCCGCUUACAUGCAGAACAUGCAACACAUGCAUCCCCAAUUCGCCGCCGCGCAAGCCGCCGCCGCCGCCGCUGCUGCUGGUGCCGCCCAGAAACCCGGCGCAGCAGCCGCUGGUGCUCCGGAUGGAGGUUCGGGAGCAGCAGGUUCGGCAGGAACAGGUUCGGCAGCAGCAGGUUCGGCAGCAGCAGGUGGAGGCAUUGACGCGUUUGCGAGUCUGCUGGGCAGCACGGAUCGUGCUCUGCUGGCGAAAGCGGGGGAGGCUGCCGCGCAGAAGAUGCACGUGAAGGGCUUUAAGGGUCAGGGGGAGUCGGGACAGGAAGUGACGGGAGAAUCCGUGCCACAGCAACAGCAGCAGCAGCAGCAGCCCGAAGGAGGCAAACCUCUCUCCCCUGGCGCCUCAGCACCCGCGGCACAUGCACCAGUAGCAUCUGCACCAGCAGCCAUUGUUCCCACAGCACAGGCAUCAGACACUCGGGCAGCUGGAGAGCUUAAUUCCUUAGGCACUGAGUUGCCUAUUGCCUUUGGCUCUGCCGCUGCCACAGCUGCAGCACCCACACCUGCUCCCGUACUUGCAUCCUUUUCUUCACCAGCACCAGCAGCCGUGACGUUCGACCCAGAUGACGACUUUGGUGAUUUCUCCUCCUCCCCGGCAGUCCCCUCUGCUGCCUUCGCCCCUGCAGUUGCUGGGCCUGCACCCGCUGCAGCAUCCGGUUUGGGCAUGGGCAUGGCUGCAGGGAGCGUUGCUGUGAGUGGGAGUGCGGGCAGCGGGAGAGGGGAUGCUGCUGCUGGUUUGCCCGCUGCUUCGGGUACAGUCUCCGCUUCCCCGGAAUUUGUGGGGGUAGACCUCAGCAGCGCCGCGGUUACCCCUGAUCCUUCGAUUCGCCUGGAUGAGUCGGGGGCAGGGAAUCCAGUGCUGGUGCCGAGUAAUUCAGUGGCGGCAGCAGAAACAGCAGCUCUGGCAGCAGCAAUGACUGAAUCCCAGGUUGCUGAGCUGGAGAACGCUGAGCUGUCUCUCGGGCCGUUCCCUUCCACUGGCAGCAGCAAGGCAGCGAACCAAGCUUCAGCCCCAGCCACAGGCACAGGCAAGGAGGCAGCUACCACUGCUGCUGCUGCCACUGCUUCUGCUGGUUCUGGGAAGUCUGGUAACCUAAUGGACCUACUCUCGUCCCUCUAUGGAAGCUCGUCUGUAGGGACUGCAGCAGGCGCAGGAGGGGCAGGAGCAGCAGGGGCAGCAGCAGGAGGAGCAGGGGGAGGAGCAGCAGGGGGAGCAGGAUCAGGAGGAGGGAGGCUGGAAGGGGGGCGGUUGGGUCAAACAUUCUCAACGGGGCGAGUGCCUCUAGCAAUGGCGUCUGCUGCUGGGUAUGGCAGUUUGUUCGGCCUUCUCUCCCCGGGAACCCCUCCUGCUGAUGUGCCUUUGAGGGGUUCCAUGAGCGAGCAGGUGGGGCAGAGAGGGGGGGGGAGGGGAGGGGUGGCGGGGUCGCUGUCAGGGGAGGGUGGGGAAGGCUGGGAGGAGCAAGGUGACGGGUUGGCGGGCGGCACAAGUUUGUCCUUUGCGGCGGUGGACGGCGGUGGUAGUUCCACCGGUGGUGCUGCCGGCGAUGGUAGCAGCACAGGCGCUUCAGGUGCCUCAGGUGCCUCAGGAGGGCCGUCAGGUGCUUCAGGUGGUUCCUCAGGUGCUCCAGGGGCUUCCUACCGCAGAAGUGGCCUGCCAGGGGGCGGGCUACAGGGCCUGGCAGCAGACCACGUGCUGCCCAUAGUGGGGUCUCAACUGGGGGAGGGCGUAUUCACUGCCAGCAUCACCGCCGCCCUAGAGUCCGUCCUUCAGCCCACAGUGAUCCGCCUUCCCAACGAAGCUUCUCAAAAGAGAUGGGAGGAGACGCUACAGGAGCUGGCGGAAGGGGCGGAGAGCAUUGCGCGGAACGAGUUUGGGCGGCUGAGUGGGGAGCUGGUGAGGGAGGGGAGGAUGGAGGAGGCGUAUGCGUGCCGCCUGCAUGCUGCAGCGGUGCAGUUAUUGCCUGACUGUCAGGGGCAAUACUCCAUGGCUCUGGGGGAUGGAAGAGUGGAGGAUGCUGCUGCUGUGAGGGAAGAUAUCAAGCGGAUGGAGACUGUGUUGGGAAGUCCAGCGGCGGUGGAAGGGUGGAGGGAGAGGAGGAAAGCAGCAGCGCCGUCAGUGCCACCAAGCCAGCAUGCGGAUCAAGACGGUGGUGACAAAGCAACCACUGAAGGCGGCGAGGAAACAACCACCACGGAGAGUGGCACGGGAAGCUCAGACGGUGGGGCCACUGAAGGUGGUGUGGCUGGGUUGGGUUCCGAGUCUCAAGGGGCUGAGGGCGCCGUGACACAGACAGAGGACAACAGGUCGAGCUUACAGGAAGCCGAGGCAGCGGCUGAGAGCAAUUCAGGGAGGAACUCUUUGUCUCUGAGGUGGGAUGAGCGGUCGGUGGGGGAGAUGGGGGAGCUGCUGGGGCGCAGCAAGGGAGACGCCAGGGCUGCUGCUUUUGAUGGAGAGUUCAAGGAAGAAGAAAUAUGUGGUCUGGCCGCCCGGGAUCUCACAGCAGCACUGCUGAUGCACCGAAGGGCCAUCUUUUGGUACAACAUUCUCUCGGCAGUUUCUGCAGCAGAGGCGGCGUCGUUUGUCCGGUUGUGGGGGGCUGUUGCGGCGCGGUGCGCAGAUGUUCUGGAGGCAGCAGUGGGCGUGAAGGAGAAGGCUGCUGCUGAUGGCGCUGCAACGCUCGCUGCUCUGCUCGACAAUCCCAAGGCACGUGACUAUUUCGCAGCCAUCACCCAGACCUACGGUGUGCUUGUAGUCAUCGCUGCCUGUGCCCAGCUGCACCGACCCUGGCUCGCCGUCAGGCUCGGCACAGGCUCGGCAGGAUCACCAUCAGGUUCGGGUGAACCUGGCAGCAUGGCAGCAGGGGAGGAGGAGCAGGGGGGAGGGGACGGGGAGGGGGAUAUACUGUGGGCGCACUUGCUUAGGGGGCAGGCAGCCUGGCAUAAUGGAGGGCUGGAAGCAGUGGCGAAUGAGGUGCUGCCACGUGUCAUGCUGCCGCUGUCAUGGUCGGACGUGGAGAAGAUGCUGGAGGGCGCUGAGCUGGCAGCGGUGCAGCGGGCUGCUGAGCUGGCGCUGGAAGGGCGGCAGAGACACAUGGGGCUCGUGGGAGGGUCGGGGACUCUGCUAUGUGCUCUCACUCGGCUGCCCAUCUUUGCCUUCACAUCGGUGGCAGCAGUGGAGUGGUAUGGCCAUCGAUACUUGCUUCCUGUGGCCAACUUCUGGGCAAACCACAUUUCAAAUGCAAGCCCCAGCGCAGCCGCCGCGUCAAGUUAUCAUACGUGGAGAGAAAUGGGUUGUCUCGUGUCGAAAAUAGACCACGGUGAAACGAGCACAACAAAAAUUGAUAGCGGGGCCAGCAAGCCGGGAUCCAGCAGCCAGAAUAAUUCCUCUUUCCAAACCGGGACCUCUCAAAUCUCCGACAAAUUUGUGUCGGCCGACGACUCAAGCACGAACCUAAGUGUCAGCGACAGCGUCAGCGCCAUUCCCAACCCUGCGAACCUCGUCCCGAGCUCCCUGCGACAGUUUUCGUUCGCCGCACUCGAGGCUGCGACGAGCAAGUUCCAUCGGCGAAACUGCAUUGGCGAAGGCGGGUUCGGAAUUGUAUAUCGGGGGAUUCUUCAACCGGGGCCGAAUGGGCUUGGCGACCAUGCGACGGAAGUGGCGAUCAAGAGGAUGCGCGAGGCGAGCGACCGGUACACGGAAGAGUUUCUGAAAGAGGUGAUAGUCCUUGGGCGGCUGUCCCACCCGCACCUCGUGCGUCUGCACGGCUACUGCAUGGAGCGAGACGAGGCUCUGCUCGUGUACGAGUUCAUGACGGGGGGCUGCCUGCACCGCGCGCUAUCAGACAGUGCGAGCGGAGAGCUCGUCUUCAGCUGGAGCACGCGACUCAAGGUGGCGGUGCAGGUGGCAGACGCACUAGCGUUUUUGCACGGACGGAACUUGAUCCACCGCGAUAUUAAAGCUGCCAAUGUGCUGCUGUCGCCUGAGUAUGACGCGAAGGUGACGGACUUUGGCAUGGUGCGAGGGGGGCCGGAGGGACAGUUGCAAUCCAUCGUGGCGACCCGCAUCAUGGGCACGCGGGGGUACUCCGACCCCUCAUACAUGGAGACAGGACACCUGGGUCCCAAGAGUGACAUCUACUCCUUUGGCGUGCUCCUGUUCGAGCUGGUGACCGGCAGAAGAGUGGCGCAGGAGGAAGAGAGGGUUGUUGACGAGUGCAAGACACGUUUCGCGCGCGGCAACCCAAGUGCUGCAGGGUAUAUCGAUCCUCGCCUUGGUAACCCGCGCCCCGUGCAAAGCGCUCUACGCUUGGCCAUUCUGGCCCGCUUCUGUGUGAUGGAGAAUCGGUCAAACCGGCCAGACAUUGGGGAGAUAAGGAGGUUUCUGAGGGAGAUUGUGGAGGCGCAUGAGAAUGAUGUUGCAAAUGCGGCAGCUACAGGGUGA